CCGAGAUACAGUGCUCUGCGAUGUUGUCAACCUAAUCCACCUUAAACCCUGCCUGACGAUUGAAGUCGAACUCCUCCAACAGCCAGAGAGAUCCUCUGACGCUAUUUGAAAAUUAAUCAAUGAAAGUUAGGGUUUUUCUCUGAGAUUUGAUCUUGAUUAUCGAAAAUGGCGCUCGUGAGAAGGUUUCACACAGUUCGUUCAUUGUUGCGAACAGCUGGAUCAAGAGAAUCUUCUUCACUCUCAUUCGGGAAUGGAAAUGAGUUCUCCUUGGCUCAAAUCGGAGAUGAUUUCAGAUUUGGGUGUUGGAGAAACUAUCAUUCUUCUCUUUCUCACGUUCCUGAAGCUCAUGGGAGAAGCAUGUAUUCACGUUUGUAUGAGAGUCAUAACGUCAACACACAUUUGCUUCGAUCUACUCUGAUUGCAGAGUCUUUGCCGUUUACGAAUGAUAAAAGGUUUGUUGCAACCCAAGUUAAGGCUCCACCUCAACUACAGAAAACGGGUGCCGUUAGAGUGUCUAUGGUAAGUCCUGGAUUUGUAUAUGAACCCUAUGCACUUCAAGAGAAAAUCUCGAUUUGGCGGAGAUGUUUCACAAGAGGUGGUUGGCGAAGAACAAAAGAGGAUUUUGUACGGGAGCUAAGAAGCGCAUACGCUAUCGCUAAGUUAAGGAAGACAGGGUAUUCAAAGAAUACGUUCUACAUAGAAGCACUAGAGUUGUACAAACAGAUUAAUAUUCUGAUGGCCAAUGGUGACAAGAAGGAGAUAAGAAAGAACGUAACUGAAAGAAUGUAUUCUGCACUGAAGAACGAAAUCAAACAAAGAGAAGCCAUCUGGGAUGGUGUUUACUGGGAAAUGAUUGAGCCAGUUGUCAAGAUCCGAACUUUACAAGCUCGACUGAUCGGAAUUGACCGGACAGACCUUAAGAAAGCAUUUAUACAACUGACACUCGAGUUUCUGACAAAGCAGAAAUUCGAAGCAUACGAUGCAAAAGGCAAUGUAGUAGCUGGAGAUAGGAAGAAAGAGGUGCUUGUACGUGACAUAUGGGUCUUUGAGAAGUCUCUUUUCCAUACAGGAGCUUACUGGCGGCUCUGUGGCCGGAUCAAACUAUGAAGUUGUGCAACAUUGUGGCUUAGGCAAAGAGUGUUAACAGUUUCAGACAAAGAAUAAAAAUUCCAACAUAUCCUGAUUUAUUGCUGAGUCAGUAUUCUCCUUUACGGUUGGCUUUCUUCUAUGUUCCUCUUAAAAUGCAAGCCUGAAUGUUAUCUGAUUAGGUGCCUAGAAAAACUUUGCUAUUUUGCGAGGUAAAUCAUCGAUACCAUACAAGCAAAGAUCAGAAAAUUAUGUGUUGGGUAGUAGUCUCUUUGUAUACCUCAUUGGAACCAGUUUUUGUUUUGUUUCGGUUUGUUAUCUUUUUUUAUUGUAGUGUUCAGUAACUGAGACUGGCAUGUGUUGCUUCUGUCAUUUUCUAUGUUCUCUUCUAUUGGUGGAUUAUAUGAAUUCAAGUAGCUACUGAAAAUAAUAUACUAUA